UGCGCGGGGCGGCCCGGCCUUUUCCUCUCCUUCCCUCGGCGCGUGUGGCGAGUGAGCGGCAGCAGCAGCCAUAGCCAUGGGCCACCAGCAGCUCUACUGGAGCCACCCCCGGAAGUUCGGGCAGGGCUCGCGAUCCUGCCGCGUGUGCUCAAACCGCCACGGCCUGAUCCGCAAGUACGGGCUCAACAUGUGCCGACAGUGCUUCCGCCAGUACGCCAAGGACAUCGGCUUCACCAAGUUGGAUUAAGCACCAGUCUACAGAGAUGGCUUGAAGAGACCUGCGAAGAAUCCUGGAGGAUCCUGAAUGAGCGAUUAUUGCUAUAUAUGGUGUACAUAAAAGGAAAUGUGUGUGCAUAAAAAUAAAGAGGGCUUUGUUCA